CAACCAGUGGAGUCUGUCAUCAAUCUCAGUAAAGCAUCCAAUGGACCAGGAUUAUGUUGAAGUGGGCUACUUGUGCUGUGUUUUCACAGAUGCUACAUCAGUACCACCUACUUCCUACUUCCCUGUACCUCAGGAUCACGUCUUCUCUAUGUUCUCCAGCGUUAUUGGCUACUGUGCUGUUGUGAGACCUGCCCAUUUAUACCAAUAUAAAACAAGUGGAUCCGUUCAGCUUCUGACAAACGGUGCAGCUGGUGAAUGUGGGGGUUGGAGCUUAUUACAGGGCUGAUCAGCUGUAAGCAGAUUAGACGCAGUAGAGGGCCGGAAAACACACAUCGUCAAACCAGUUCUCUCAGCCGCAAUAUCUGCUUCUAAUUGUGUCCAAAGUCACGAGGCCAGAGCAAAAGCAAGCAGGAGGCGUCCGACAGCCUGAAGGAUGAAAAGGUUCGCAAUUACAUCCUGACUGUAGAUGAGAGCACCACGAAUCCUUCACUAAGCUCCUUACGCAGAGAACCGUCUGGAUUGUUUCCUCCUGCCCAUUCCAGCCACGGACAAGAUAAGACUGCUGGGAUUCAACUGGACCAUGAUGCAUAGCUUAUGGCUGGGGUCAAACUGGUGUUUUCCCUCAACUCCAGUUUUUCUAGCAGGAUGAAACAAAUGAGACCAGAGCAGAUAAUCUAAUUAUUCGUAAAACCAAAAACAAGUAAAUUGUCUCUAUUAAAUGUCUUUAGAAUAAGAUGCACCCAAAACACUGAGCUACCUCUCACAACAUUGCUCCAGUUCUCUAGGCUUCACCACGACUGUCAAACAUCCUAUAAACUAUGGAGGUAUUCAAUGCAGCUGCUCACUGUAUGUGGCCCCUUGCUUUAAGGCGCUCUAGUUCCUGACACAGGAAAACAGAGGCCUGACAUGGCAGUGGGAAAGGUGACGUUCACCAAGGCAGAGAGAGAGAAGCUGGCUGAACUCCUCUGUCUGCUCAACUGGAUCUCUGUGGCGGCAGGAGCUGUCCUCUUUGGUCUGGGCGUAUUUCUAAAAAUUGAGAUUCAGAAAUGGCAGGAAGUGAUGUCAGACCACGGGAUCGUCUGUGUGUCGUACACGCUGCUCGCCACUGGCCUGGCGGCGUGCUGCAUUAACUUCCUGGGUGGGAAGAUUUGCCUGGACUGUGCUGACACUAACAAGUUUCUGCGCUGGAAACUGGUGAUGAUGCCGUACAUCAUUUGCACCUUCUUCUUCACCUGCUGCGUCUUCCUGGGGGCACUGAUGUGUUACAGUGUCCACAGGCAGCUGGAAGAGUCUCUGCUCCAGGGCUUGCUGCAGGCCAUGCGCUACUAUAAGGAUACAAACAUACCGGGUCGCUGCUACCUGAAGAAAACUGUGGACCUUUUGCAGAUCCAGUUCCAGUGCUGUGGGAACUCUGGCUAUAGGGACUGGUUCCAGGUUCAGUGGAUCAGCAGCCGCUACCUGGACAUGACCAACAGUGCUGUGAUGGACCGUCUAAGGAGUCAUUUGGAGGGAAAGUACCUGACAGACAACGUUCCCUUUAGCUGCUGCAGCACCUUCUCGCCUAGACCCUGCAUCCAGCACCACCUCAGCAACAGCUCUGCACACUUCAACUAUGACCAGCGGAGCCAGCAGCUUAACCUGUGGAGAAGGGGCUGUCGACAGACACUGCUAGACCACUACACCAGCAUCCUGCAGUUCAUCGGCAUCACCGUGCUCCUCAUCUGGAUGUUUGAGCUGCUGGUUUUGACCGGAGUACGUUACCUGCAGACUGCAAUGGAGAACGUUCUGAGACUAGGUGACCCAGACUCAGAGUCAGAUGGCUGGAUUUUGGAAAACAGCUUGGCUGAAACAGCCAGGUCUAACUUUAACAUCAUCAAGAGUCUGGGGAAGUGUUACCACGUUGAUGAUGACCCCAACAUCAAUGUCCCAAAUGUCACCACUGAGCAUGAGAUGUCAUCCCAAACAAAUCAGCGUCUCAGUGACCGGCCAACCAUGACCAGCUGAGCUCCCCAUGGGGCCUCUUUAGGUCAGCAGACCACCUGCUGCUCCACCUGAAAUGAACAUCCUCGGAGAUGUGUGUGCCACUGCCUUCAGAUGUAAUAGAGACAAGUGUUUGAAGCAUGUCUUCACUGGGCUGAGGACUGACUGAGUUUUGUCGAGAACUAUAACCACUGUGGCUCAACAUGAUCUCAUAAAUAAACUUGCCUGAUCACUUGCCUGAUAAUACUGAUACUACAAAAAAAUCUUUAAUUCAG